AUGUCCUCAGUUCUCACCGGCUCUCAAUUCAUGUUCCUCGUUAUGGUGAUCGUCGUUCUCUUGACUUUCACCAUUGACUCUUUUAAUUCUGCUCCUAUUGGUAAUACUACUGAAAAUGUUACUUCCAAUCUUUCUAAAAGAGCUUACUACGGUGAUAUGACUUGGUACAACCUCGGUUUGGGUUCUUGCGGAACAUACAAUAAUGAUAAUGAAUUAGCUUGUGCAUUACCUAAAGCUCAGUUUGAUAAAUAUACUCCAAAUGGUAAUCCGAAUAGGAACACAAAGUGUGGAAAGCGUGUAAAAGUUACUCGUGGAUCAAAAUCUGUUAUUGUUAAAAUUGUGGAUCGUUGUGAAGACUGUAAUCCUAAUUCUAUUGAUUUAUCUCCUGCCGCAUUCAAAAAAUUAGUCGGUCUCUUAACGGGUCGCACCAAAUGUAGUUGGCAAUAUGUUUAA